AUGGCCAUCUCUAGAAUCGGAUUCAUUGCUCUCGCCGACGCCGCCAAGCAAGAGGAGGCUGUCACUAGGUUUAACAACUUUGUAAACGAGUGCAAGAAGGACGGUCAGACAUAUAUUGUCGCCUCCAAGGCGAGCAAGUGCAAGGUACUCACCGAUGUACCUGGGUCCCAGCCGUGGAGUGUUGUUUACGAGAUUACGUUCGCCAACGAGGCUGAUAUGGAAUACUACCAGACCAAGGACCCCAUUUACCAGGAGCUCAUGAAGCAGGCGGCGGAGGGCAAGGCCACAGGGUUCAUUGCAGUUUCUGCAGAAUUUUAA